AUGUCUAGCAAUAGUGGUCGCGACACAGCUGGAGGCCAACUACAUCACAAUCCGGAUUCGUCAGCCAAGAAACGCCAUUCCAGUAAUGACCGAUCAGGUAGCUCACAGUCUUAUUUGUUUUUCAGCGAAGUUUUGUGGCAAGUUGAUUGUCAUAACUCCUGCUUUUGGAGAAAAUAUUACAGUAAAGUUAAUUACGGUGAUAUGGGAGAUAUCUUGAAGGUUUCUCUGGUUUCUGAACAAAGCUAGAACAGAACUAAACCAAAGAGUAUCCAUACCUCAAGCAUCUAAAUUUUCAGAAGAACCGUCUAGCUCGAAGGUGAGGAAAGUGACCCGGAGUGCAGCACAGCCAUGUUCUUCGAGUAGUCAAGGUACGUCGAGUGAAGUAUCAUCCAAGAAGAGUUCCGAGCUUCGAUUCUUGACCGACUUUUUCCCCGAGCAGGAUCAGUCCAGGCCAUUGACUCGUUCUCGGACUCGUCACGUUGAAAGCAGAUUAUCAGCCCCAAAGACUCGAGUAAAGGGCAGCCGGUCGAAGAAGACCAAAAGUUCUAGCCUACAGGUUCCGAAGGCAUCUUCUCCUUCUUUGGACGAUCAGCAAUUGUAAGUUGAUGCAAGUCAUUAUAGUUUUAACGAAUAAUAACGACCGGUUGUUCGGAAAACUGGUGUUAAAAUUAAGUUAAUAUCAAAGUCUAUAUGAUAUUAAACUGGGUUUUCAUGUCAUCUAAACCCAAGAAGUAUUGGUAAAAGCUAUAUUGGAAUUUCAGUUCGAAUUUGACAGUACCAGAGUCAGAAGUCAGUGGAUUUUCAGUCAAUUCAAUUUCAACUACAGAUACGGGUCAUACUUUUGUCUCUGCUGUGAGUUAACGUUUACUGUAAUGUUAAUGUAUAUAGUCAAAACAUAAUAGUACCCAGUUGAAAUCACGAAUAACAUUACAUUUCACAUUGAGAAAAAAGCAAAAGAAACACGUAAAAUAGUAUGGAUGAAAGAUAAGAUACAGUAUGUAAAUGGCUGUUUCAUGUAAUCACGAUGUACACGGCGACUGUUUAGAUAGAAGUACGAGACACAGCAGAAUCAGACGAAGCCGCUUUUGUGAGUGGUGAAGAAAGCACGAGCACGGUGAUAAUGUCAGCUACAGGAUCUCAGGACACAGAAAACACAGAUUCUAAUCAGGGAUACGAGCCUCCGUCCACGGGCCAAGAUGAAGCCACCAACCCCACAUCACAUAUCUUAGCGAGGUGAGAUAAGUUUGACAAAAAAGUAUAUAUCUAUUCUUAUUUUAUCAGAAAAAACUAAAACAACAUCAGGUCACAUCUUUUUGAUACGAAGUGGAUAACUAUAAUGCCUCUAACAUAACGUAGUUUUUGAUGCUUUUAACGUAAAAAACAUUUCUGAUGCCGUCGUAAAGGGCAAGGCAGCAGAGGCGUUGUACCCACACCCCCUGAAUUUGAUGCCGUCUUGCGCAACUACCUCUGCGUUUGUUUCAGAUCUCAACACGUCCAACGAGCGUCCGCUUUCCUGGGCAGUCUUGUGCCGCGAAUGCAACAUCUCCUUGGAGGUUCAGCAGGAGCGACAGGGUUUAAUCAAGUCAUGGCUAGUGAUUAUGUGCCUCGUAAGUAGUAAAUUGUAUUUAUUGUAAUUUAGGUAUUUCAAUACUUCAUAACAAUAUCGUUGAGAUAAAAUUAUUGCGAAAAUUGCUAAUUAAAAAAACCUAAGUCAAUAUCUUUAGAUCUUCGAAUUGUCUCACUUCUGGAGGACUUGAGAUGCGAUUCCAACGAACUGAAACAAUCCGAAGCAUGUGGCGAGAUUUCCGAAAUGCUUCUUCUGGGAAACGAGGAAAGCCUUCCGAACUUCCCUAUCAGAGAGUUGGUUCUCUGUCUCAUUAACUUACUCCACAAGGAACACAACUUCGAAUUGAUGUUAAGUGCUUCGAGAUGCAUCAGCAAUCUUCAGGAAGCUCUGCCAAGAUCUCAUUCAAUUCUAACCGAAGCCAUACCGGUUCUGAUUCUGAAGCUACAGAAGAUUGAGUAUAUUGAUGUAGCUGAACAAGCACUGUUUAUUCUGGAAGUAAUUUCAAGAAGGAACGCCAAAAGUAUAUUGGCCAACAACGGUGUCUUCUCUGUUAUCAACCACGUCGACUUCUUCUCGAUCAGUACUCAGCGUGUCGCCUAUCAGAUCGCCGCCAAUUGUGCUGCGUAUGUUGGCGCUACAGACUUUCAUUUGGUACAGGAAUCCUUGGCAGAGAUCACGGAACGAAUCCACAUUGAUGACAAAAGAUGCAUCGAGUACAUUUGCGUCUUCUACAGCCGGCUGGUGGAGAACUUGAAGUACUAUCCGCAAAGAUUGCGACAAAUUGCGGGUCCAAAUCAUCAAGUCCUUCAGAUAUUCUUGAAUCUUAUGGCGAUUCAUCCAGGACAAGUCAACUCUAACACCUUCCUGAAUUUGAUCAAGACUCUCCGACACAUGGUGACGAGCUGUGGGGAUCUGGCUGUGGCAUUGUAUUCUAUGGAAAUUGCCAAAGUCAUCAGAUUCCUGCUGAUUGGCCACGAAAGGCCGAAUUCUGUAGACAAUUCCUACGCAGAUUCCAUCACUACUCGACCUUCUCAACAACUCAGAGAGAUAGUGGACUUGUGUGGCGAACUUUUGCCAAAACUACCGGUCGAUGGCAUUUUCGAGAUCAACAACUACAUGGAACAAUACCUGAAUCCAAGUGCCUACAUCCAGAACAGUCGGAAUCGACCUCAGACCACAACUACUGCCUGGAUGUACAAAAGUUUGGAGUCGGGCAGAAACUAUGGCCAAUGGGUAAUGUUCUCUCAAGCUGAUCAACAGACUUUGGAAAGGAACCGAUCUCUGGGAUCUACCUUGGUAACGAUGGAGAUCAAUGGCCAGAUAGCCGAGAUCGACUUCAUCGCUUCUGUAUGCAGAUUUAUCGGGAGUGGAGCUCAGACUCCUAUUACGAGGAAAGUCUGCAACACAAGUCGUGAGUUUUUAAUUUGAAUUUUGAGUUUAGGUUGUAAUUUUUAAUUCCUUUUCUCGUCUGGGUAUACUGUAAGGAUUUUUUCUGAAAUUAAAAGAACGAAUUAACUAACUCAUUUGAUGUUCAUUUUUAGAAGACCAACGUGAUGUUUUAAAGACAGACCACAUCAGUCGACUACUGGAGUAUAUCGUCUCGAUCUUUCCGUUGUUGGUAGAGAUCGGAGCAAGCUCAACAUGUUCAACAUUGAAGUACGACUGUAUGAGAGUGAUGUUGAGGAUGGUAUAUGCGGUAGAUGGGAAGGCCCAGCUCCUGACAUUCCUGGAGAAAGUUCCCUUAGCUAGCUACAUCUCCAAUACGUUGUCGAGCAGUAAGAACUUGGCUUUGGUUUGUUUGGCCAUGCAAAUCACACACGUUUUGAUGGAUAAACUCCCUGAUUUAUAUACUCCGUUGUUCGAAGCUGAAGGUAAGAGUUUGGAUAGUUAAAUAUCGUGAUAAUAUCGUUACUAUCUAGAUGUGUGUGGGAUUUUAUAUUUUUUUUUACUGGUUGACAACUUCAUUUUAGGCGUGUUCUACGAAAUCAAGAAGCGAAUGCAGUCGUCGUCCGCGAAAGCUGAAGUUAAAGCUCCAGAACUUACUACUACAGCUCAGGAACGAGUGGAUGAAACAGUAUCGAGUUCCGUUGGAACUCCAGCUGUAGCAGCAUUAAACAGACUUCUGGCUGCGAGACAACAUCAACCUGCUCCGGUGUCCAUAAUCAACCAACAACUCGGCAUUCCAGCGAUGGCUUUACCUAACAUCUCCAACUUUGCCAUGUCACUGAACCAACCCUACGACCCGAAUGUUCCGUCCAAUGUUGUUGUAGCCAACUCCUCCAACUACCAAGCCUCUAAUUUACGGUAUUCGACAGAUGUGGGCAGAGCUGGUCUUCAGCCUCAUUUCUUCUCGACGGUGCCACUACAAAACUCGACUGCUACACUCUACCAAAGCCUUCAGAAUGCUGUCAGUUCAGCGUAUUCAAACUCGGUCUACGGCCUCAAUUAUGCGUCGAUUGCCAGUUCCAUGGACUACGCGUCAUCGUAUGUUUCACAUUCAUCAUCUACUUCAACUACGGCUCUGAAGAACGAAGCGAUCGAUAAGUUUAAAGCCUUUAUCAGAUCUGAAUCCGAUAUCCUGAUUCAACGGUACGAAGAGUCCGAGAAGCUCGCUUCUGGAGACUACGAUGGAGUCAUUAUCCUAAAGGACAUUGCUUCUCAGCUCGAAGCUCCAGUCGACUGUGGCACAAAGCCUCUGAAGCUUCUGGCAGAUGUUCUACUCGAACGAGAAAUCAGUGCUUUCCAUAUCAAUCAUUCCGGUAUCAUUCCAGCAUUAACUGCCUACUUAUGUGAUAAAAAAGAACGGGAAACCGACCGGUUGACCAGACUUCGACGUUUUGCUUCUGUAUUCAUGAUGCUAACGGUAGGUGUUGAGCCGAUGCUGUUAAAGUUGUAUUUUCUGGUCUUUGAUAUACUUAUUAACCAGUUACCUUUCAGCCAGAUAAUCUGCGACCAGUCGGUAACGACGAACACUUUCAAGCCUUCAGUAAACUAGUCUCCAAGUUGAUCUUGGCCAUUGAACGCCUGGAGCAGUUCAAUGUGCGGGUCACAAAUCUCAGCGGAAACCUAUCAAAUCUUUCGAGCUCGUCGUACUCGUCCAGUAGCACGUCCAGCUCCUUCUCCGGAAUCGGGUCCAAUUCGUAUUUGAGAGGCGCUCAAGCACUACGCUUCUUCCAAUCACAUCAGAUUCGGUGUAAUCUGAAGCGACAUCCAUCAUGUAAACAGUUGAGAGAGUGGAGAAGAGGUAGAGGGUCUAUCAAGGUAGAUCCGUUCACUUCUAUCUCGGCUAUUGAACGAUAUCUGGUGGACAGAGGCAUCGGCACGACUUCACAGGAUGAAGAAUCUAGUGAAAAUGAUGACGUAUGUUUUUUAAAUUUUAUAUGUUGUGUUUAGGUGGAUACUUUUAGUAGUAUUAAUAUACGGAAUACUUUUGUAUGAUUACCGAAAAAACUCUUUCAUGAAUCUUCAUAUUCUAGGAGACCGUGUAUGCCAAUUUGGCUUCAUUCAAAGGAAGGAUCGAAAUCCUAAUCGGCGAUCACAAACUUCCAUCUGACAUGUCGAUUCUCCAAGCGAUUCGUCAAUAUUCUUUGCCUCGUGAUGACGACGAUCAGGAAACAAUCCCUCCAAGCAUCUGGGUCGCUGGACACACUUUAUACUACAGAGCUGUCGUGGAAGAACCUGAUCUGAACGAGCCAUCAACAUCCUCAGGUCACGCUAAUUCUGGAGAGCCUAGUACAAGUGAAUCAGCCAGAACUUCAAUGUCACCAUCGAGGAAGGUGGCGAGGAUUCAGAAGUCAGUCACGAAGAAAAUUAAGGAUAAGAAGACGGACAAAAAGACCAAGGUUAAAGAUGAUCGUGGAGUUUUGUUGGGUAGGUACUAAGAAGCAAGGUUGUAAGGCUAUUGGUUUGAUACAGUUACAUUUUGUAACAUAGCUCACGUCAUGCCAAAAGAGGAAAUAAAGACAGAGUGACAUUUCGUGUAAAAAACGAUGCGAAGUGUGAAAUUCUAUUUUUUGUAAAAAAUUGUUUGAAAUUAAUCGGUCGGAAUUUUGAAAAUGAAAUUCGUUUGUGGUAAACUUGUAGUGUGAUAUCUGGACGAUUCUUUGACGGAUCAAGACCAGUUUGGCCUUCAAAGAACCGCCGAAACAUAGCGAAUUUUUUAAUAUUUGUUACAGCUCAAAAUAUGAUUUAUUUUAACUAUUAUUUGAUAAUUUCACACGUUUCUUUCAACAUUUUAAAUAUUUAUUUUAUUUUUUGAAUCAAUAUUUGAGACUUUUGAGUUAACGAAAUGCCACGGCCACCUUAGUUCCAUUUUUCUUUUAUUUUGGCAUGAUGUGUAGCUCAUUGUUUUAAUAUCAUACAGAUGGUCAUGUACCUCCAAGGAAAUACCUCUUGGACAAGUAUCUGGAUGGAAAGUUGGAUGAGAAUCUAGACGAUCCGUCGAUCAAUGACCUGGUUCUUCUGAAGGCCUUAUGUGGAAUCAACAAGUACUGGUGGUGCCUCUAUCUUGAUGAACAUGUCCUUCCAACAACUUAUGCUCCUAUUUUGUCAGAAAAGUUAGUUUUAACUCAAAGUUGUUUUAGUAAUUUACUGUCGAGUAUUUCGUAUUGUAAAUCUACUGUUAUGACGUUAAUUGUUUUCUUUUAGCUGCUUCAUUUCCCAAAAACUGAAUUCCAAAGUGUCCCGUCAGUUGUCAGACUUCUUGACCGUAGCCACACAACAGAUUCCAGCAUGGACAAAGAGUAUCAUCAAAUCAGUGUAAGUUAAUAUACCACCUUAUGUGACUUUCAUUAUGAUUGGUGUAUUCCGCAUUCUUACUUUUGUAUUUUAGGCCGUUUGCUUUCACCUUCAUCAACCGUCGCAACUUCUUGUACUGCACAGCUUUCGGACGCGAUCGUGCCUUGAUGCAUUUGGUAAACGAAACCAACCCAGAUGAUCAUGAAUCUGAAUCCAACUCUCGUUUGGUACCCAGAUUGGAGAGGAGAAAGAUUGUCAUCAACCGGUCGAACCUCUUGAAGAGUGCGCAAGAUCACCUGACGACUCUAGGAAGUUCAAAACCGUUGUUAGAAGUCAGUUUUGACAAUGAAGUUGGUACUGGAUUCGGUCCGACCUUGGAGUUCUACUCAACCUUGAGUCAAGAGCUUCAGAAGGCGUCUCAUGGCUUCUGGAGUGGUACAAAGAAUACGUUGAUGAUUGACGGAAAAGAAGAGGAGUUCAUCACCGGUGAGAACGGGCUCUACCCCAUACAUUCCAUGAAUCCGGUGUCCAAGAACAUGGCCAAGAAGUUUGAGUUCUUAGGCCGAUUAAUGGGACAAUCUCUUCUCGAUUCCAGAAUUGUAAGUGACAUACUUUAAGUAACUUGUACAGUUUUAACUGUUAUUGGUUUCAAAACGAAUAUUCUUUCUAUUUUAUGCCUAUUUUGCUAUUGUAGCUGGAUCUCCCAUUGGCUGUACCAAUAUUCAAAUGGCUGUUGGGUCAACAAGAUACCCUCGGAGUGUGGGAUAUGGAAGAACUCGAACCUACCAUCUACAACUCGUUAAGACAAAUGAGCAGACUAGAUAAUGACAGUAUCAAAGAACUCGAGAUCCCAUUCAGUUACCCCGGUCAAGACAACUUCCACUUAUACAAACAUUCCGAUAGUAAAAAUGUGACAUACGAUUCUUUCGGUCAAUUCGCUCAAGUAAGUUUGUCACUUGGUGUCUUAGUUUCGUAUAUUAACAAGUUGCUUUCGUUGUUUGACUAUGUUAUACUUGUUUUUGAUUAAAUUUGGGGUUUUUCAGCUCGUAAGUCAUUGGAGAUUGGUCGAAGGAGUCAAGUUGCCAAUGGAGUCGCUGAGAAAAGGCUUUCAACAAGUCAUCAAUAUCGACCACCUGAAUAUCUUCGAAGCCAAAGAAAUGGAAUCUCUGUUUUGUGGCAGUUCAGACAAGGACACCGACACUUUGUGGUCCAGUUCUCUGCUCCAUCAAUGUAUCCGACCAGAUCACGGCUACACUCACGAAUCCAAAGAAGUCCACUGGUUGGUGGAGAUGCUCGAGGAAUUCAGCAGAGAAGACGUAAGCUUUUUGGUUUGUGUUUUAUCUGAUAUUAAUUUUUGGGACAUCUUCAGAUGCUGUUUAGUCUCGUAAUUGUUUGAAAAAGAUAUUUUUCUUGACUUUAUUUUUAUUGUCUUAUUUUUAGCGCCGCAAGUUCCUGCAAUUUGUGACCGGCUCUCCUCGCCUUCCAGUUGGAGGUUUCCGAGCACUUCAUCCACCUUUGACAGUAGUCAAGAAGACGGCGUCUUAUGGUAACACUGACCAAGAACUACCUUCAGCCAUGACAUGUUACAAUUAUCUGAAAAUCCCCCCGUACACUACCAUCGAGAUCUUUAAAGAGCGGUUCCAAGUCGCUUUGCAAUAUAUUUAUAGCUUCCACUUGACAUAA